GGAGGCGCGUGCAGGCGGCGCAGCAAGCGGCUUGUUGUGCGCGCUGCGGAGCUGUUACCCUGCCGCUGCCCAGGCCCUGCCUUUGCCGCCGCCAGGUGUGGCUUCCAAGGAAGACUGCUUAGUAGGUUCAAAACUUGUGUGGUAGAACAGUCAGUGUCCAGUACAGAUGGCCAAGUUGGUUGUGUUUACCUCUGUGAUUUGAAUGGGUGACAUGUCAGCAAGUGUCACCACGGCACUGAAGACACAGGAGGAGCUCUUUGCAGAGGACUGAAGCUUCCCUUUGGCAGCCCAGGAAGACUCCUGAGAUAUUUUAUAGAAUGUCUAAUGGUUAUGAAGAUCACAUGGCUGAAGAUUGCAGGGAUGAUAUUGGUAGAACAAAUUUAAUCGUGAACUACCUCCCUCAAAACAUGACACAGGAUGAGUUACGGAGUCUGUUUAGCAGUAUUGGCGAAGUUGAAUCUGCUAAACUUAUUCGGGACAAAGUUGCAGGACACAGCUUAGGCUAUGGCUUUGUGAACUAUGUGAGCGCUAAAGAUGCUGAAAGAGCAAUAAACACACUGAAUGGCCUGAGACUUCAGUCAAAAACCAUCAAGGUGUCGUACGCUCGGCCAAGUUCUGAAGUUAUCAAAGAUGCUAACUUGUACAUUAGUGGACUACCAAGGACAAUGACACAAAAAGAUGUAGAAGACAUGUUUUCACGUUUUGGCCGCAUCAUCAACUCACGUGUACUCGUGGAUCAAACUACAGGUUUGUCCAGAGGAGUUGCUUUUAUCCGGUUUGACAAAAGGUCAGAAGCAGAAGAGGCAAUUACAAGUUUCAAUGGUCACAAACCCCCAGGUUCCUCUGAACCUAUUACUGUGAAGUUUGCAGCCAAUCCUAACCAGAACAAAAAUGUGGCACUGUUAUCACAGCUGUAUCAUUCACCAGCUAGACGAUUUGGAGGGCCAGUUCAUCACCAGGCGCAAAGAUUCAGGUUCUCUCCUAUGGGUGUAGAUCACAUGAGUGGGCUUUCUGGUGUAAAUGUUCCAGGAAACGCAUCUUCUGGCUGGUGUAUCUUCAUCUACAACCUUGGUCAAGAUGCUGAUGAGGGAAUCCUCUGGCAGAUGUUUGGCCCCUUUGGUGCGGUUACCAAUGUGAAAGUUAUUCGAGAUUUCAACACCAACAAGUGCAAAGGUUUUGGUUUUGUGACCAUGACAAACUAUGAAGAAGCUGCAAUGGCCAUAGCAAGUCUUAAUGGCUACCGCCUGGGGGACAAAAUCUUACAGGUUUCCUUCAAAACCAACAAGUCCCACAAAUAACUUGCUCGUGCUUUUUGUAUGGAAUAGAUAAUUGAGUGACAGAAGUUAAAACAUUUUUGUUAGUGUAAAACUCAUUUUGCGCCAAUUUUCACAAGUGUUUGUCUUAGUCUAAAUGAGAAGUGAAAAAGGUUUUUAUACUCUGGGAUGCAACUGACAUGUUCAAAUGUUUGAAAUCCCACAAUGUUAGACCAAUUUUAAGUUCCUUAAGUUAUUUCAUUUAAAAAUAUAUAUUAAAAAAAAAGAAAGUAAAAUCUUAAGUAGAUUGCAUUAACUAGACCCUCUGGAUGGUGGUAAAAUUGAAGCAUGCUUUCACUUAUGAGACUAACAUUUGUUCUAUUGAAUGUUGUCUGCAAAAACUGGAACUCUUUUUUAUUUUAAACUAUCAAGCGGAUGCUGUUAGUAUGGUCCUCCCCUCAGUCCCCCAUAGCCUGGUACAAAAUGUGAGAAAUACUUAUGUUGGCAGUACAUUGCUUUUUAAAGUAAUUUGCAUUGCUACAUCUAGCUGAGGAUUAGACUUCAUAACAUGAAGGUCUUGUAAGUAGUAGCAUGCCAGCGUAACUUUUAACACCAUUGAUGAGGUAAGUUGCACACUGAACAAUGGCCAAGUUGUCAAAUUAAAAGGUUUUACAAAAAAUUUUAAGCCCAGUUUUUCAUAGGAAUGGACCAAAGAGUUUCAGAGAAACUCGGAAGAUUUCAGAGUCAAAAGUAAACUCCAAAAACAGUGUGAAUAUAUGUUUCUACUUCAUCAAACUGAAUCUCUUCUGUCCAAAUAUUUAAUGCAUGAUGCACUACUUACUGGUACAUUGUAAUGCAGCAAGAUAAUUAUUCAGUUUCAAAGAUCAUUAUAGUUUGAAUUCCUAAGGAUAGUUCCAUUUUGUAAAAACAGUUAUAAACAUUUGAGCAUUGUAUUUCUCGCAUCCCUUCUAACGAGUGCUAGAUUUUUCUAUUUUAAUAGGAUUUUGUUUUGACAACUAGCUUUACUUAUUGAACACUCAGCAGAAAAGUACUUACUACUUGCAAGUUAGAUAUUAACAAAAAACUGAUUGUAGAUGGAAAGAUUAAUCCCCCAAGUUUUCUGCAGACUGCCUUGAAACUUUGAGUUGUUCUGUUUCUGUUAAUUUUCUUUUGCUUUUUUGUGUUUUUUGUUUGUUUGUUUUUACUUUUGCAUUUAAGACCAUUAAAUUUGAUUUUGUUUUGCUCGAAUUUUGUUUUGUUUUUUAUUUUAUAUUAUUUUUUUUGCCAAGUAUUGCACAAAGUGUCCAAUAUUAAAAGAAUAUUGCUUUAAAGUACUAUAGGUCUUCAUUAAAAUUAAAAUCCAUUAAUCUGUCCUUUUGACAGAUCAGUAGGGGAAAAUAUUUGUGUGAAAACAAAAGCAUUAUAAUAAAUCUGUCGCAUAGGAAGUAUGUGCCAGACACUGAAUUAAACACACAUUUGUUGCUUUAUAGACAGACUGAACAAUAUUUCUUUUAUCAAAAAUGUGCUGUGUAAGGUAUGUAGGUACAUAGCUAGUGUGCAUGAGCAGGGACUUCACCUGACAAACUAUUGCAAGAAUUUUAUCAGUGUUCUGUCACCAGAGUUCAGAGGAAAUGCAGAAAUUGGGACAACUUGUCAGCAAUUAUCUUUUGAGUGAACCUGUGCCAAUCCCCAAGAACUAAUGAGUAGUCACUUCAGAUUCUGGAGGCAGUCCCAUGCAGAAUUGUUUUUGUUUGUAUGGUGCCCAAACAUUGGCUCUGUAAGAUCCCAUCUUGCAUCACAACUAUGAUUUCUCUUUUUUCAGCAUCAGGACCUUCAGUCCUGUGCUGCCGCUGGAAUUUUGUGCUCUCCUUUCCUGUGCUUCAUUGUUUGGUUCUGUACUCAUUCUUCAGUCAGUUGUUGGCCUUUCCUUUAAUCUGCAGUAUGCACUUUUUGCUGUCAGCAACCAGUCAUUUACUGCUCUGAUGAUUGGCUCUUUUGUGGUUGUACACAGCUUCUCUCUGCUGGCUCCAGAAGAGCCCAGCGAGAGCAGAGCUCUUUUUUCCAAGAUCUCCAGCAAUGCUGAGUGAGCUGCCUUAGCUCCAGUGCAGUAUAUUAAAGUGCUUUCUGCUGCCUAAUGUGUGCUGCCUUUCCCUUUUUUGCCAUUCCCAUUUACUCCAUGCCCCAAGCCUUUGAGAAGCACAGUCAGCAUCAGACAGUUGUAGCAUAAUGUCCUCCAAAACUAGCAGCUGCCACCAGGUAAAAGGUAGACAGUGGGCCCUCUAUGAGCUCCUCGUUGGACAGGCUGUCAUUUCCAGUGCUUCCUCUCCAUCUCUCAUGUUUCCUUCCAAUGAGUCGUUCUUUUUCUGUAUCCUGUGGCUAGAUACUAGUUUUGGGGGGUUCAGCAGCUAUAUCAGGGUUGCUUUACCCAUAUCUCCAUGUUAGAUCUAAGAUUAUUAUUUAAAUAAAGUCCUCUCACACUGUCCCAUCAACUCUUUUACCAGCCCUAGACUCCUUCACGAGAGUGCAUCUUUAAAGAUCCAAGAACCUUCCUUGUAGUUCCCUCCAUCUCAUGGCUCAUUAAGAAACAUUUUAGUGGGAGUAGGGCUACUGCUGUAAAGGGCAUGGUAGAUAAUUGCACAGACCAAUCUUUAAAAUGAGGCAAUGCCUUUGUGGUAUUAAACCAUUAAAACUGCUCUGGCCGAUGCAGCCGCAUCAAAAGCUUCACUGUUAUGAGCUUGCCAAACCUUGCUCUUCAAGCAGAGUAAUGACAACUCUUUGCGAUAUCCUCGAAGACUUUGAUAUUGCUCUCCUUUGUUGGCUGCUUCGUGCAACAUUACUGAUUUUUUUCUUCCCGAUACACCUCUGCUCUGUAAGACUGAGACACAACAUCCUGGUUUCACACUUGGGGAUGCAGAUUCUGUUUCUAGAACCCAUCUGAUCCAAGUUUCCUUUAACGAUUUUGGGGGGUACCCUUAAUCCCUCACUGAGGCCAGUCACCUGAGCAAACUACCAUUCACCUAGGCAGGAGAAAAUCAGGAGGAGGUACGUUCAUUUAAUUCUUCAGGGGAUAAUGCUAGACAGAAAGCUACAAAUCUCCCUUUCAGGUCUAGGGGCCACUUUAUAUCUGGCCAGAGAGUGUGCUCAAAGUCCUUUUUUGUCACUGUCCCUAACAACUCCAGUCUGACUCCCCAGGUGGAGAGAAAUUUGGGAAUGUGUUCACAUUACUUAUUGAUAACUAACUAGAUGGGUAGUUCUGACCCAUACCAGACCUGCUUUCUUUCAAUCCCUCUGUUUCCAUCCUGAAUCCUGUAGUCUUUACACUCUCAAUUCUAAUAAGAUAAAUCCAAUGAUUUCUUCUGCCUGGUGGUUUAGAAUUGUGCCUGCCUUGGUGUCCCUAGUCGUCCAGCAUACCACACAUUUCCAUUUCUACCUGGACCAUCACCACUUCCAGCUUUGUAGUUGUACUUUUUGGUCUCUUAGCCCUCAGGGAGUGUACAGAAAUCAUAACCAUCAUCAUACCCAUCCCCAAGACGGAGGGCAUCCACAGAUUUUAUUGUCUGGGUGACCAGCUAAUGCAGAUACCUUUCAGAUGGCACAUCUGUGCUUUCAUUUACUUUUUUGUCUGUUUUCCAUGAUUCUGGCUUCAAGAAUUUCCCUAUUCCUUCUCAAAACCUUGUUAAUGUAGGGGCCUAUUUUCACACCAGCGGCAUGGUACAUUUCUCAUCAGACAUGGAAGGCAAGUUAGAUAAAGGAAACUUGUCAGGUCAUGCCUGGUGAACCAAUUUAUCCUGAUCAAUCCCUAUAGCAGGCACACUGCAAUGAGCAGCACUACAUAUAAGAAUUCUUCUGGCCUUUGUUCUGUCUGAGAUAGUUGGAAAGACUCCCUGGGCUCCUUAAUUUACGUUCUUUCCAGGUCCAGACAUCACUCCGGCAAUGUUGCAUAAGAAAUCCCUAUUGAAGGACAAUUUGCUAUUAGUUAUCUGUUUCCAGGAUCAUUCUGUCAUCAGAAUUACGCGGUUUCAAAAGAUGAAAUGUGCACUUGGGUCACAGACUGUGUCAAGGGUUCUGGUCCGAAGAAUCUAAACUUCAUGCAAUGAAGGACAGUAGGUCUGGAGGGCACAGGGUUUUCUUCAUUACGUCUACUCACCAGCCAUUCUGAUUGAAUGCGAAAACAGAAUCUUUGCAGUUUAUAUUAUCUCCAAAAAUGAGCCCAUUUUUAAUUCACAUCCACCUAUGUUCAGGGCAACCUGCAUACUCAAAGGGACUGGCAAGUGAGAACAUCAAUAGAAGAAAUCAGUGCUAUGACAGACGUUUUUUAUGUCCGUCUGCCUGCUUCAUUUAACAAUAUUCAGCUACCUCCACUCGUCCCCAAACACAGAGGUUCCCAGGUUAUGGAAGUUGGAUUCCUUUUCCUAUUGAUCAAGCAUAUAGUUGUUUGUCUUUGCUCCCGUAACACCCUUUUGACUAUUUGGAUACUGUGACAAGGUUGAUCCUUGAGAACUUUGGGUACUCAUCUCAGCUGAUAGAAAUUUGUACAGAGGGCAUGGAAAAACUACCCUCAGAAUUGGAUGACUGGUCUUACUGUUUGCAUUAAUGUUCUCCCAUAGAUGUGUACACUUCUCUUCAUGCCACUCUGUCAUUCAUCCUGGAAUUUCGGUUGGAUGGGAAUCUUUACCAGUCUGGCAUCAUUCCUUCUGUUUACCUGUUCUUUGUUUUUGUUCAUCUUUCCAAGCAUUUCCUGGGGCUGUUGCUCCAAGCAGGCUCUUACAGGACCAGAGUUUGGAUACUGACCACAUUAGAAAUAGUCCUGUGCAGACAGAAUUUGAUAUGGGCAUGGCUAACUGGCAGUUCUUGCAUGACUGGUGGAGUUUCACUCUUAAGAUGAGACAGUUUUAUAGGUAAGGCAAAACUAUCCUAAUUAUAACCAUGGAAUGACUUCUAAAACUCCAUUAAAAUGUUCUGGGCUUUAGCUGUUGUUAAGACAUAUUUUUUAAAAGUAUUAGAUUAAAUAUUUUAAUCUGGUAAAAUUCAAUGUUUUCAAAAGAAUUCAAAUGAAUUGAAAAAGUAUUCAGAAACUGGCUUUUUCCAGUCCAUCUUACUUAUAUUAAUAUAAUAUAAGUAAUAUUUCUUAAACCCUCCAACAAUCCAUUUUUUGUUUGCUUAACAAGAUCCCUUUGUGGAUGGAAUUCAGCCUUGUGUAGAAGAAGGGUUAACAACAAGGCCAGAGUGCCACUUUAGCCUUCAGUAUAGGCUUGUGUUAGUCAUUAGCACAAGGGGAAUUUCACUUUUAAAAGCAAAAAAAAAAAAACCCAAAAAAACCCCACAUAAAAUUAUAAUGCUGCUAUGUGCUUUUGUACAAGAUGCAAAGAUAAAUUCAACUUUCACGUGAGUUGGCAGCAACAAAAUAAUACCAAGAAUCAUGAAAGCUAUGAACUGAGAUGAAGUAAAGCAACUUUUCUUAGUGUUUUUUUAGUCUGUUCCAAAUACAUUGAUCCCCUCGAUUCUCCUAUUUGUAAACUGUUCCCAUGCGCUAAAGUGAGCAGGGGGUAUCUUUAUCAUUGAAGCUGUUACAUCAUAAGAUAUUUGGUUCAUUUAGGAUCCUGUGCCCCAACUCUACUGUGAGGUGCAAUGGGGAGUGGAACUGAGCCAAAACAGUCCUGCUGCCUCCUGCCCCUGAGCCUAUGGCAACCACUCCUCUUCAGUUCUUUGGUUUGGGACUGUGAAUGAUUUCAAGAUCAUGCUGGGAAUGGAAGGGAAAGAGGAGGCAUCACUCUCCAGGGCAGUAUCCCCUCAGUGAUGUGUGUCUAAACUUUUUUCUUUCCCCUGGGUUGUUUUUGUUUUUUUCCAGCGCAUCUGCAUCAUGAUAGUGUCAGAAAACACACUGAUAGUAUUAAGGUAUUCAAGUCCUUGGAAUGGGUUAUGAAUUUCUCACUGCAGUUACUUGUAGAUGGUCAGUAUAUGGUCAUUUACUUCAUUGCAAGUGACCAAAUGGGUUUGAAUACCUUUACUCCUAAAGGUUUGUAAGUCAGGUGUUUUUGACAUUGUUUUUAUAGGAGCAUGCAAAGUUGUAGCAAUGUUACUUUUACAAAGCAAUUCAAAGUUUGGGGAAAAGAUGCUGUAGCUAUUACUAUCGAGACAGCUUUCAGCAAUUGAAUUAAGCCUCAACUAAAAUAUCAGUCACUUUUUCCUAAAAAUGAAACUCAGUCUUUGUGAAUGCUAAAUUUCAAACGUGGAUAUUUCCCAGCCUCCUUAUAAGCAGUUACAUAAUUUUAUGUUGUUCUGGUUAGGCAAUAAAAUGGAGGUUCUUCAAAAAUUUCAGAAAAGGGUCUCAGCUUCAGUAUAUGCUAAACUGGAGUGAUUAAAGUUAAAUAUGUACAGUUUAUAAUUACAUAAUAUGUACGUCUAAUUAAUUUUAUAAGGAUGUCCCCAAAUGUACUCGAUUAGUUCUAACAAAAAUUUGCGUAUUGGAAUUAGGACUUCUAAUAAUUACCUGUAAAAUGUUAUAUAGUUUGUGGAAACUUUUUUUAAAAAAAUGCACAACUUUUUAAUGAAAUAUUGGUGAUGUCAUGGUUUUUCAUAAUCCUCAAAAGUAAAACACAGAACACCCUCCACCCAGGGCUUUCUGUCAUAAUACUACCUCUGAUAUAAGGUUACCGAAUUUUGACUUCCAAAAUGGGAAGUUUGUAUCAUUGUGGAGCAAGCACCUUAUUACACCAUUUCAAUUUUUUGAGGGGGCUCCAAACAAUUAGUUUUAGGGAGAAGGGACCAAAUUCAUGCCUACUAUGAACAGGCACACAUCUUUUUAAGUCAGUGGAGUUGCAUUAAUUUAGUCAAGGACUGAAUCUGUCACUUAGUGUGUACCACAUUUUCUUUAAUCUCUGUUUGUUGGCAGAAGAGUCUUCUGCUGUGCUGAAGGCAGGUUCCUUAACAUUAUGUUUGCACUUCCUGUUAGUACUGGGAGAUCCCAGCACCGUAGGGUUGAUAGAGGAAUAUAUUGAUCAAAAGGCUAAGCAUUGUGAUCUGUAGUAUAUGCUACUGGGUUUCCGCUACGUUAUGAAAAUACAUGGAUUUCAAAGAAAACACAAUCACCCCACUUCCAUUUUUAAGUUGAGGUACUUGUGUAAUGCACAGCUUAGUGUGUCCAAGGUAUAACCGGUAGAAUUAAAAAUUGAAGUUCAACUUCUGUCUAAAUUUCUUAUCUUAGUUCUAAUCAGGUACAGCAUUAUUUUUUCUGUAUGCUUUUUUGUAUCAUUCAUAUGUAGUAAAAUAUAUUUAAUAAAAAGUUAGGUGUAUAUUUUUCCCUGUGCAUGAUAAAAACACAAUUGAUGUUAAAGCUUUUAUGAUCUCUCAAACAGAACACAAAGCAUCCAGUGAGUGGCUUUGCCUUUAAAACUUGUUGUUGCUUUGUUCAAUCUUGCUGCAAUUCUUUGAUGUAUAUCACACUUGGUAAACAAUUUACAAGGACAAUUUUAACUAGAAAUAUUUUUCUGUUGAGUGGAAUUUUCAACACUAAAUUCUUUUGUUCAUGAUGAUGGAAAUUCAGUAAUAGUGGAACAGCCACCUGAAAUCUUGAAAUAUUGCUACUGUGUUCACAUUUUAGAAACUUCAUUUUCAUAUUAGUUGUUGUUCUCUAUUUUUAAACAACCUUUUAGUGAUAUAGCUAAACUUUUUCACUUGGUCAUUAAGAAGAAAAUGACUUGAGACAUUUGAAGCAUCAUAAGUUGGGAUAAACCUUUAUUUGACGAGUAAGUUUGAAUAAUAUUGUACUUCUAGUCUAUUUACUGAUUUCAUUUCCCUUAACUUAUGUAACCUUUUGUUUAUAAAGUAAUCUGUUUUGUGGGACAGAAGGCUUUAUCAAUUGUUUCCCAUACUGUACAGUAUAUCGUUAAUCAUUUUGUAUAUUAGUAUGUUUUUAAGUUAUUGAUUUGUUUUAUAUCAAAUAAUUUAUUUUUCAGGUACCAUUUUUCAUUUUAACUUUGUUUUUACAUGGGUUUAUUUAAAAUAAAGUAUGACACUGCUUUCCAAAUGUCUAAAAUGAAGUUGAAUCCCAUUUUGUUAUUUUGAGAGCGUUUAUGUAAUUAGUUUAUUUUAGUAGUAGUUGCAGAAAUGUACAAAGUCCAGCUUUUGUUUGCAUUUUGAUUCAUAUUUUUGGAAGUUCUUAGCAAUGUUUUUUAAACAACAAAGCAACUGAGUUUUGAUAUUCAAGAACAUUAAAUCUUUAAAGGACCUAAGAAAGAAGAAUCAAUUUUAUAGAACCCUGUGGGGGAAGUUACCAGCAUUCUGUUUUCUAAAUGGUAUUCUCAAAAUUAAUAAAAACAAAAACACAAAAAUGUUUUACUCCAUUUUCCGAAUUUUUAAAAAUACAAAGUAAAUAAUAAUCUGUACCAAGGUUUUUUGGUUUUUUUUACUACAUGUUCAUUACUAAUUUUAUUAAACCCUUGUUCAUAACGUCUUCAUAAUGUUAGUAAGUGAACUGGAAUGAAAACCUAAUGUAUUUUCAAAUAUAAAAUCACAAUUAAGGCUUUUA